GGAGGCGGAGCGAGCCGGGCUCGGGGGGCGGCCGCACAGCGUCCGGGAUCCCCACAGGCCUGGAGGGGGGUCUGCGCGCGGCCGGCCGGCUCUGCCCCCCCACGCCGGGUCCCGAGCGGGCCUCCGUCGGGCCAGCCCGAUGUGAGCGGGCCCCGCGGCGCUGAGCGAGGAGCGGGCCCGCCGCGGAGCCGGAGGGCGGGAGGAACAUGACAUCGCGGAGAUGGUUCCACCCGAACAUCACUGGCGUGGAGGCAGAGAACCUGCUCCUGACCCGAGGCGUUGAUGGCAGCUUCCUGGCGAGACCCAGUAAAAGCAACCCCGGAGACUUCACUCUCUCCGUUCGAAGAAAUGGCGCUGUCACCCACAUCAAGAUUCAGAACACUGGCGAUUACUAUGACUUGUACGGAGGGGAGAAGUUUGCCACCCUGGCGGAGUUGGUCCAGUAUUACAUGGAGCACCACGGGCAGUUAAAGGAGAAGAACGGAGAUGUGAUCGAGCUCAAGUACCCUCUCAACUGUGCAGACCCUACCUCUGAAAGAUGGUUUCACGGACACCUCUCCGGGAAAGAAGCAGAGAAAUUACUAACCGAGAAAGGAAAACAUGGCAGCUUCCUGGUCCGCGAGAGCCAGAGCCACCCUGGGGACUUUGUCCUCUCCGUGCGGACCGGCGAUGACAAAGGGGAGAGCAGCGAUGGCAAGUCGAAGGUGACCCACGUCAUGAUCCGCUGCCAGGAACUAAAGUAUGAUGUUGGUGGAGGAGAACGCUUUGAUUCUUUGACAGACCUUGUGGAGCAUUACAAGAAGAACCCCAUGGUAGAAACGCUGGGCACGGUACUGCAGCUCAAGCAGCCCCUCAACACCACUCGGAUCAAUGCUGCUGAAAUUGAAAGCCGGGUUCGAGAGCUGAGCAAGUUAGCCGAGACCACGGACAAAGUCAAGCAAGGCUUUUGGGAAGAAUUUGAGACGCUACAACAGCAGGAGUGCAAACUUCUCUAUAGCCGAAAAGAAGGCCAGAGGCAAGAAAACAAGAACAAGAACAGAUAUAAGAACAUCCUGCCCUUUGACCACACCAGAGUCGUUCUCCACGACGGCGAUCCCAAUGAGCCCGUCUCGGAUUACAUCAACGCCAACAUCAUCAUGCCUGAAUUCGAAACCAAGUGCAACAACUCAAAGCCCAAAAAAAGCUACAUUGCUACGCAAGGCUGCCUGCAGAACACCGUGAACGACUUCUGGCGGAUGGUGUUCCAGGAGAACUCCAGGGUCAUCGUCAUGACGACGAAAGAAGUCGAGCGAGGAAAGAGUAAAUGCGUCAAGUACUGGCCAGACGAGUACGCGCUGAAGGAGUACGGCGUGAUGCGUGUGCGGAACGUCAAGGAGAGCGCCGCCCACGACUACACACUGCGGGAGCUGAAGCUCUCCAAGGUCGGGCAAGCUCUACUCCAGGGCAAUACGGAGAGAACCGUCUGGCAGUACCACUUUCGGACCUGGCCGGACCACGGCGUGCCCAGCGACCCUGGAGGCGUGCUGGACUUCCUGGAGGAGGUCCACCACAAGCAGGAGGGCAUCGUGGACGCGGGGCCCGUGGUGGUCCACUGCAGUGCUGGGAUCGGCCGGACGGGGACCUUCAUCGUGAUCGACAUCCUCAUCGACAUCAUCAGAGAGAAAGGCGUGGACUGCGACAUCGAUGUCCCCAAAACCAUCCAGAUGGUGCGAUCUCAGAGGUCAGGGAUGGUGCAGACCGAGGCCCAGUACCGCUUCAUCUACAUGGCGGUCCAGCACUACAUCGAGACCCUCCAGCGCCGCAUCGAGGAAGAGCAGAAAAGCAAGAGGAAAGGGCACGAGUAUACAAAUAUUAAGUAUUCCCUAACGGACCAGGCGGGCGGAGACCAGAGCCCCCUUCCACCCGGCACGCCGACUCCUCCCUGUGCAGAGAUGAGAGAAGACAACGCCCGCGUGUACGAGAACGUGGGUCUGAUGCAGCAGCAGAAGAGCUUCAGAUGAGAGGGCCGGGAAGGCGUCUGCACAGACAGAGAUGUGAGUUUCCACCCCGUCCCCGUAAAGAUGAAGAGCAGGUGCAAGAAGGUUGAUGCGCAGAGUGAGCGUGGAAGGCUCGCGCCCUGGCCGACCCCCCUCGGAGAAGAGAAUCUGAAACUGUUUCCGGCUCAGCAACUCCCGAUUCCCCGUCCCGCCUUUCCUCUGCCGGGGAGGACUCGCCUCGGCGAGAUGGACAAUGUCGGACAGGACGUCAUUCGCGUGGAGAAUGCCGCCCAGCUGGCUUCUCUGUGUUGCAGUGACGGUGAUUCGAAUUCUAGCUACUGGUGGUUGAGAUUUUUUUUUUUACAACUUGAAGAAAACAAAUUUUUUUUUUUUUCCUCUCAGUGGGGGGAUGAUCGGGUAUUUAUGAGAGAGCAACGGUUGGGUAAGACGGCGACAGCGUCCCGCAGGGGAGAGCGCUUUCCUGGGUCGCCGCUCGCGCAGCGGUGGGCGGCCUCUGGUCUUUGUUGUUGUUUUUCCUGGCUGAGUAACAAUGAAGCCAGCGCCCGGACUGCCCUCCGCUGCUGGCUGACCAAGAGCCCAUGGAGGUGGACGUGGGAGGUGCCAGGCGGGGUGAGUGGCAGGUGUCCUUAGCAGUCACCGCCCCGCAGUGGCAGGAGAACGCGGGCCAGGGUUUCUUCUCCUCCGAGCAGGCCUCCGUCCUUGAAAGGAAGAACAGUGUUCGGGAUAUCACUCGUUGCUGACCAGCCACCCACCCCCGCCCCGGGCCCCCGUGUCCCUGCCCCCCCCCCCCCGCGCCCCCCGCUUUGCUCUUCAGCCUGGCCCCGCCCCUCUGAGCUCUUCACCUGCUGCCUGGCUGCCCCCCCACCCCCCACCGUGUGGUUGGCAGGUGGCCUGGGACUUGGGACAGCACGAAGUCCCCAGGGUCUCCCUGGGGGGUCACUGGGCCCUCCCAGCUCCCGAGAGAGUGGGGGCCGUGGGCGGGUCUGCUGGUGACCAAGCCCAUGCCCACACGGCCUGGCCCCGAGCAGGCGGGGAGGCGCGCCAUUGCCAGGGGGACGCAGCCCUAGUUGGAAGAGUAGGCGCUGGUGACCGUGCAAGGCCGGGCGGGCGGAAGUAGCCUUCCAGAAGUUUCCCCAGCCUGUCCCACCGGCUCCGGGUGUCUCUGCGGAAGCUUCACCUGGGGAAACCAGACUUCCAGGACGGGUGGGGGGGAGAACAGAGCGCUUGAAAGCAGAUUGGCCCAGCACCCUGGCACCUGGCCCUUCUUGUCACUGCCUCCAGGCAGGCCUCCUGUGCGGGCACGCAGGGAGCAGGCCAAGGACACCCCGAUGGACUGAGUAGGCAGCAGCUCAUGCUCCUCUGAACCCAGCCGUAAGAUCUGCGAACUCUACCUUAAGUGCCUUCUCCGAAGAUCCUCCCCGCCCCGCGCCCUCCAGCCCUGUCCUCCUCCCUGCCGCCUGCCUCCUGCUUUCACUCCUUCCCGGGGGGCUUCCUCCCGCCCUGGGAGGCCCGGGCGGAGUGGCCGCUGUCAUUUUCACAGACAGGCUGUACCGUGCUCCCGGCCCCACCCCCGCUUCCCUGAGUCCAGACAGCGUCAGAGCACAGGUCGUCAGGAAGCGAUUCCAUUUCCGUGUUUGCCACCAGGAUCCCGAAUCCUGUUGGUGUCACCGCGUUUUAUCAUGCUGCGCGGUUCCCUCUUGGUUUUGGUGGCGACGCUCUGGCUCGGGACACGGGGGCGAAAGUCUCUUUCACCAGCGUAGGAGGGUCUGAUGGUACCGACCGCGGCCGUGCCGGGCCGUCUCUGCCAGCAGCUUUAGGUCACUGGGUGUGGUGCUUGGGCCGGCAUCGCCUACACUGGGCUCGCUCGCUUCCUUCCGUAGAUUUCUCGUAGAUUUCCCCUUCCCAGGUCAGCAGGCUUGACGGACGCUGAGGUUGGUGGUUGUGUUUGAGUCAAGGUGAUCACAGGUGCCCAGAGGCCACGUCUCGACCCCGGGUGGAGCCUGGCUGAGAGGCUGGCGGGGGCAGGGGGACAGAGCAGUGGGAAUGAACGUGUCCGAGGGUGGGUAGCCUGGGGAAUAGGCUUGCCAGGGAUGUGCUGGUUGCUGGCAGAGGAUGGAAUUUGCACAAUAUCCCGUAUUUUAAAAUUGUAAGCAUAGAAUUUUGUAUUUGCCGUGUAGAACUGUGGCAUGUAGCAUCGGGGUUCUUUUUAAAAACCAAAUUCCAGUCUUAGGAGGUUGUCCUAAAAGAAAUCUUUUGAAGUCACCGUGCCUGCAGGCUGUGGCCUUCCUGGCGGUGACUGGUCCCCUCCCGUCCCUCGAGGCCCACACCUCUCCAGUGUGCCGGAUGCGGGAGUCACGUGGGCGACGGUGCUGGUGUCCGAGUUCAGGGAACCAGCAGCUUUGGAGCCACCAAGAAAAGAAUCAGGAUGCCCCCUCCGGGGUUAUUUGCCCAGAGGCUUGGGGCGGGGGGGGGGGUUUCCUGCUUGAGGGGCGAGAUUGGCAGUUGUCAAGUUUUGAGCCUUGAAGUUGGUGGGAACAGUUUGCAGUUGUGAAGUGUGUUCGCGUCUAGGCCCCGAGCCCCCCAGCCCCGAGAUGGCCGUGCCCCCUCCCUCCCCCGGCGCCCGGGGAAUAAAGAUUUUCAUGGCAAAAGCACAUGGGCGCCCUGACUUCACUAUGCCAGGUUAGGGUUUGCAUUAGCCCUUAGUUGAUUGUGUUACUAGCUCUUCCCCGCUUCUUGAAAACAAGUUCCAAGAUACAGUCUCCGGUUCCCUCCCAUCAUUGCCAAGUUUGUCCCCUUCUGUUGUUGUUCCCCAGCGGGCAGUUUCACACAAGGCAAACGCAUCAGUUGGUCUCAGUAUGUUGUAUACCGUUGCUGUGUAUCAAACUAAUUUUCUGCAAGUUUUUCAUCCUAAACCUCAGAUCAUGUCAUUAAUAAUUUGCCUGUUUAUUUAUGACCUAAUUGUGAUUCUUUUAUUAAUAAAAGCUAAUGGAAAAGGAUCCUUAUUAAGCUGAUGACUAGACCUACAGUUAAUUUUCCUGCAGUAUAUGAAUUAUUGUACCAGAGUAUUAAAAGAUAUGUAAUAUUUUAUUGAUAAAUCUGUCCUUUAAAAGGAAUACAUUCUAGGUGUCAUCAUUUUGAUGUGAAUCAUGUAAAUGUUGAUAAUAUGCAGUGUUUAUUAUACAUUUAGUGUUCCAAGAGAGUCACUUAAUUGCCUUUUUGCCCACGUAUAUUAUGUAGUCUAUUUGCAAAAAAAAAAGAAAAAAAAAGUUUUUUUUAAGCAUUUAAAACAAUAGUUUAUGUAGACAAACAUUAGUGAACGCUAAUUGUCUCCCACCUGUAUUUAUGGGUGUUAGUUCAACUGCUCUGCUAGUCGCACAGCUGUAUUAUCAGAGUCAAAGUGUAUUUGUAAACUGUAUGGGAACUAAGAAUUAGGAAUAAAACCAGUUUCUUAUAUUA